AAGCGCUCGUGUGGUCAACAAAACACAGUUCGCGCCAAGCUAGCGAUCCGUAAGUCGACGAUUUAGUUGUAGUUUAUGAUCAGCACCAACACCAUGCUACGUUUGUCAACGUUUUGCCUACUACUGGCAGUGGCGGUCGCCCAAAACGGCUAUGAAUACAAUAAACCAGGAAAACCGUUCGGUCAAGGCACAUCACCAGGUCGCCCCAGUUAUCCCACCAGUGGAUACCCAAGCUCAACACCGUCUUCCUAUCCGAGUGGAUCGCAGGAUGAAUACCCUAGCUCUGGAACAACAGCCGGUUACCCUACAAGCCCCUCCACGUACCCAAGUUAUGAUCGACCUCAAACCGGCUAUCCCGGACAAUCGUACCCUGGUCAGGGGCCUUCUGGUCCUUCCGGUCAGACGUAUCCCGGUCAGGGACCUUCAGGACAACCUGGUCAAAGUUACCCCGGUCAAGGACCUUCGGGACAACCUGGCCAAGCUUACCCCGGUCAGGGAACCGCAGGACAAACUGGGCAAACUUACCCCGGUCAGGGACCUUCUGGACAGCCGGGUCAAAGUUAUCCAGGUCAGAGUCCUUCUAGCCCCGGUCAAAAUUAUCCAGGACAAGGACCAGCGGGACCUUCUGGACCAUCUUAUCCAGGACAACCCGGCAGCAAUUACCCUAGUCAGAAUUAUCCUGGACAAGGGCAGCAACCCAGUCGACCAAGCGGAUUUGCUCCUGGCUUCGGAUCAGGUUUUGGUCCCGUUGGACCUGGUUUUGACAACGGCGCUUACGAAGGAGGUGAUUAUUCGGCGAUUCCCGGUGAACCUGAUAAAGAUUACCCUAUUCUGUCUUAUGUUCCUGAAACAUCUUUCCGUUGCGACGCUCAACGUUACCCAGGUUACUACGCUGACGUAGAAACACGCUGCCAAGCCUUCCAUGUAUGUGCAAAUAACAUUACAUACGACUUCCUUUGCCCGAAUGGCACCAUCUUUUCCCAAGAAUACUUUGUUUGUGUCUGGUGGAAUCAGUUUGACUGUGAUUCAGCAUUAAGCCUUUAUGAAUUGAAUGCAAAUAUAUAUGACUACUCUAUUGUUGGAUCUUCAGGUUUUAAUGGUCAAUCACAAACUUAUCCCGGAAGCCAAGGCCCGCAAGGUCCAUCAGGCUACCCCGGUCAAUCAACAAAUUACCCCGAUAACUUUGGAAUUCAGGGACCUUCAUCAACAUACCCGGGAAGUGGAGCUCCUCAAGGAACAACACCGAGUUACCAAGGAAGCACGGGACCACAAAGUUCAUAUCCCGGUACUGGCCCUAGCAACUAUCCAAGCGGCCCAGGACAAAGACCGUCAACAUCCUAUCCUGGAAGUUCCGGUUAUCCAACACCAACUGGCCCACAAGGUCCUUCACAAGGAAACUAUCCAGGAUCUCAGAGUACGCCUAGCUAUCCUGGCUCAAGGCCCACCGGAGGAUAUCCAUCAGGCAGACCGUCAGGAAAUGGUUUUCCAACGGGAACUACCAGACCACAAGGCCCAACAAAUACAGGAUAUCCUGUUCAACCACCUAACAGUGAAUAUCUCCCUCCUAGAAAUUAACAAGGUUACUAGAAAACUUUAAUACAAAAGACUUAGAAUUAUAAUUCAAACUGCCAGAAUCUUUAAUGUAUUUAUGAAACCAGUAGAGCGCGUUGACAAAUGAAAAUGUUGGUGCUGUAUAUUUUCCUUGUUAUCGUGCUAUAAAUUUAGUUUAAGAUAAUAUUUUAGUAUAAUUUUUGUUAGUCUUAGAAGUAGUUUUUCGUGAAUAAAAUAUUGUAAUAUUUCUAUUUUUCCUUGAUAUUCUAAAAUAUAAUAAUAGUGACCUAUAGUUACCCAAACUAGUGUUCAACUGUUAAAGUACAAAAAAAAUUAUGUGUAAGAUAUUUUCAUGUAACUCGUUCUCUAAGAUUUUAUUUUAAUAAAUAAUUGUAUUAGAGAAGUGUGCCGUUGUACCUACAUACAUGAAUAAAAAUAAACAUCAAGCAAUAAA